UCAACCAAUCAUGAUAUGCCGGGAAAUCCCCGAGUAUCUGGAAAUCCCAAUGUUGACGGCCUGUUAAUGGAAAAUCCAAACUUAUACUGUCCUCAGUCCAGCGGCAUCGGGGUGUUACGCCAUUAAACAUUGUCAGUAUCUGACAGAACUUUCUAGGUUGCAAAAUAGACCAUGGUGGACGAAAGCGAGGACUCCUUGGAUCUUACUGGGCACUAUUCCGCUGAAGAGGACCACGAUGUUCGCAUUGCCAUGGCGGUAGGCGAGGCAGGUCCCAAGCAGAAUGGUAAUAAUAACCUGUAUCCCACCACAAUGAAUGGAGUGGCUGCGGAAGUCACACCAGUAAUCAAUGGAUUCGGUUCAAAUACAGUUGGAGAUGAGCCAUAUUUGGAAAUCGUAGAGGAGCCUCAGUCUAGAGGAUUUCGUUUCCGUUACAAGUGCGAGGGCGGAUCACAUGGAGGACUGCAAGGAGAGAAUAGCGAGAAAGGAAAGAAAACAUACCCCACUGUCAGAAUCAAUAACUGGACUGGCGCGGCAAGGAUUGUAGUUUCCCUGGUAACAGAUGAAGAGGUGCCAAAAACUCACGCCCACGAGUUGGUCGGGAAGAACUGCCAAAACGGUAUUUGCUUGGUGGAAUUGAAAGGUGGUUCCAAUAACACUGCAACCUUUCCAAACAUGGGAGUUCAGCAUAUCACCCGUAGGAACCUGGUGAAUGUCUUGUCUGAAAGAAUUCAGGAGUCCAUCAGACUGAAUCAUGUUCUUGUUACAGGGAAUCCAAAUGCUGGCCUAACAGAGGCAGAGAAAAAUCAGGCCAAGGAACAGGCAGAGGAACAAGCCAAGGGUAUGCACCUCAGCACUGUGCGCCUGUGUUUCCAGGCUUACCUCAUGGACGAAAAUGGCACAUACAGUCGCAUGCUGCCGUCCGUGAUCUCAAAACAAAUUUAUGACUGCAAGGCCCCGGGGGCGGCAGCUCUGAAAAUUUGCCGUCUAGAUCGCCAGGCAGGCAGUGUCAGAGGAAACGAUGAAGUGUUUUUACUUUGUGAUAAAGUACAAAAAGAUGAUAUAGCAGUGCGUUUCUUUGAGGAAGAUGAAGAUGGGAGACUGAAAUGGGAGGCUUAUGGGAACUUCGGACCGCCAGAUGUACACCGCCAGUAUGCCAUAGUGUUCAAAACACCGCCAUAUUAUGACUUGAAGAUAACGAGGCCAAAGGUCGUCUAUAUGGAGCUCGUGAGGCGUUCAGACAAGCAGUCCAGUGACCCCAAACCUUGGACAUAUUACCCAGAGUUGGAGGAUAUGGAUGAGAUCUCUAAGAAGAGAAAGAAAACUGUUGGAUUCCCAUUUAGUCGUUAUGGUGGCUCUGGAGGCAGCUCAGGUGGCUACAGCAGCGGAGGCAGUGGGGGAGGAGGAUCUGGACUUGUGGGCCCUGCUGGGGGUACUGGGGCAGGAGGGAGCGCCACCUACAAUUUUGCAGGCACAUCACAAGGAGUGAACCGCCCUGUGAAUCCUCCAAUGAUGAAAGGAUCUGGGUAUGUACAGCAGCCAUCACUCAGCACACAGCCAAUCAGCAACCUCAAUGGAAACAUGUCAAGGGCAAAUCAACACCCAAUCAAAAUGCAGAAUAUUGGGGGAUCUAUGGCAGCACCCUCCUUUCCACAUUAUGGUCCCACUGACAGUGAAGAUUUGGUGACAGACUCAGCACCAGACUUUGAUGACAUGAACAUGUUCAGUCCUCCCUAUGACUCCUCCUCAAACCAGCCAUACUAUGGAUACCCUCAGAAAGGACUCCUUGCACGAGGCACCAUCUCAGUUGGGAAGGAAAACAACUGGAAAUCUGACAUGGAAAAUAUUACUUCAAAGACCAAGCAGAUGGGACUGGAUGAAGUCCCCAUUCCAACAAAAGGAACCUCCGCCCCAGAGCCUCAGCCUGAUUCUCUGUCACAACAAAACAAUGACUUGGUGAUGAGGCUGGCAGCAAGAACUGCAGAGGCUCUGCAGGAUUACGCUGCAACUGGAGAUACAAAAGCUCUUCUUGCAGUGCAGAGACACCUGGUGGGAGUUCAGGAUGAAGCAGGGGACAAUUGUGUCCACAUUGCUGUCAUCCAUAAACGAGUAGAAGCUUGUAAGAAUCUUCUUAGUGUGGCUGUCACUAUUCCAAACUCCAACAUUGUCAACCAACUCAACAAGAGAAGACAGACCCCCCUUCACUUGGCAGUACUGACCCAGCAGCCACUGGUGGUGGACCUCCUGCUGAAGAGUGGGGCAGACCCAUACAUAGUUGAUCUCCAUGGUAACACUGCCACUCAUCUUGCUGCAGAGCUGGGGUCCAAGGGCUGCCUGGAGGUGUUGCUGAAGUACAUGAGACUGAACACCAGUCCUAGUAAUCCCUUCCCAGAGCUUGCCAUGUACAACUAUGAAGGGUUUGCCCCUGUGCACCUGGCUGCCCUGUGUGGCUCUCUCCAGGCAUUAAAAGUCAUUCUGCGUGUCCAGACAGACGUCAAUAUCCAGGAUGGUAAGAGUGGACGUACGGCCCUCCACCAUGCCGUGGAGAAGGAAGACUUGGCUCUGGUGGGAUGCUUGCUGCUGGAGGCUGGGGCAGAUGUCAAUGCCACCACAUACGACGGCAACACUGCCCUCCAUCUUGCCUGCGGUCGUGAGUGCACAGGCAUGGUGGCUCUACUCAUGGCCGCCGGGGCUGACCCGAAUAUUGAAAACUCAGAGUUGUUGGAAGAAGAGAAAGAUGAUGAGGGAGAUGGAGUUGAUGAGGAGGAGAAAAAGAAAAAUGACCCAGAGGAGGACCUCAUAGGACACACUGCCUUUGAUUUAGCUUGGAGGAAUGCCAAGAUUCAAAAAAUACUGAAUGGGGAACCAUAUUCUACCUUCCGUGAUGUGGAGGACCAUAGUGCACAUCUCAUCAAGUCUGGGGGCAAAGUAUACACCCUUUCCCAGGACUCAGGGCUGGGAAGUUCAUCUGUAACAGGUGACCUUGAUAAACUAGACUACAUGUCCAGAGUCUCCCUGGCCAAGCUGCUGGAUCCCUGUAAAACUGACCAAGACUGGGAGGCAGUGGCCAAAUAUCUGGACCUGGGCCAUCUGGUCAGCACAUUCAGGCCACAGAAAAGUCCAACUCUGUCCCUUCUAGAUAACUACGAGGUAUUGGAUGGAACCAUUUCCCAGCUUACUCAAUGCCUGAAGGAGCUAGGGAGAACAGAUGCUAUUGCCAUCAUUGAAGAACUGCAAGAACUGGCAUCAGAAGUGAAGAAAACUGGGAUCCACAGCAGUGUGAAGCAGCUUAUACCACCAAGAAGAGGACAAGAACCAGAAAAAUGUGACUCUGGAGUCGAAAGUUUCUUUACACCUGAUGAUACAAGGCAGGAAAUUGUCACACAUUGAGAAAACUUCAGCUGGGUGUGACAUAAAUACUGUGGUUACAACAAAACUGUCCAGUUCCCUAGUAGGAAAAUUAUCUUCUCAACCCUGAAGCUAAGCCUCAGGACCUGGGGUGUGGGAACCAUCGCCAAGAUUUUGUAAAUUAUUUGGAACAUUAAAUGCGUGUUCGAUAAAAACUAAAAUCAAGAAUGCAAAAUUUAACAAAAUUGUUGUACAUACAAUAUACAUUCUUUUCUUGCUUUGCUUGUGACCCAUUAUGUUUUAUUAGAUUUUUAUCUCUAUAGACUUGGAUUGAAGGACUUUAGGAGAGGAACGUGGGAGGAAAAUUAAAUAAAACUCUGGUCCCACUAACAGAGUCUUUCCUACCUUUGUUUCAUAGUAGAGCGUGGCAUUAUUUUCAACAAACAUAAUAUUUUGUCUUAAAUAUUAUGCACCAUCAUUCAAAUUUAUCUGCCAGGGCUGUAUCUUCCCAACAAUCAGAAACACACUGUUCAGAAAUCCUCUGUUACACAAUCCAAUUGAAAGAGCCUACUAGUUCUCCAAUUAUGACUUUUUAUAUCAAAUUAAUGAAAUUUGUUGCCGGUAAACAUGGAGGGGGAAAAAGGGAAUUGUCCAAUACGCCAAUCUAUCAAGUUUUUUUUUUCUUUUCUUUCUUUUUUGCCACAUCUAACAAUUCAACAUUUUUUACAUGUUAAGGGUAUUAUAAAGUCAUGUUAUAGUGUUAGGUGAAGUUUUGUUGAAUUAUUGAAUUUUUUCUGAGACAUUUAAAAUUUUAAUACAGUGCUUUGUUUUAUUUACCUUAAGACGUCAUUGAUUUCCCCUUUCUUAGGCUGUCCAAAGACAUUUAAGUUUCAGCAUAAAGAAAAUAAUUUGGUUAGAAAUUUUAGAAAAAUUUCAUGAAACAGAAUUUAAAUAAGUUCAAGAUCACCUUAUAAGAUGAAAAAAGGAGAAAAAAUCUAAGAACUCUGGAGAAAAGAAUCUGAACUUAAUGGGAUCUUUAGAUGCUUCAUGUGAUGAACAGUGUUAUAAAUCAUAACACUUGACUUUUGGUGUGCUCUGUAUGUGUAACUGCUAAUAUCAUAGAUAUAAUAUGUAUUGCCCUCAAUUAUGUCAAGUAUAUUCUGUUCAGGGGACUUUGUGUUGGGUUUAUUAUAAAGAAGUAUUCAAAUUGUGGAAUUUCUACUAUUACACAUCACCACUUCAUGUACUAUUGUACUUGAAUAGUUCAGAUUUAAAUUGAGGAAUUUCUGCUUGUGCACCUCUUUGUAAAUUGCCUUUUAAGUAUGUUAUACCUUGGAAGAUCUAUCUACUUUCUUGGUGAAACAUUUCCCUCUAAAGCUACUGGUAGUUCUGCUAUGGCAGUAUCUUUUAUUGACAAUUAUUGAAAUAAAUUUCUCGUACAUUAUUAGACAUUGGAUUGUCCAUAUGUGGACACAAACGUGUGCAUAGUAGUGAUUUUAUGAAGAUUUCUGUGUAUAUUUACAAUGGUAUUACUUAACGUAAUUAUUGGUGUGCUUAUGCUUUUGUAGCCAUGUCAUUUUUUAUCCCAAUAACUGUUCAGUAGAAUUCAGUGUUUUUAUUGUUCCAUGGGUCAUUUGAUGCCAGUAAGCCUGUACAUUGGGCAUGUUACACAAUAAAAAUUGUCCAUUCUCA